AUGGCUGAGCUUCGCAUGGAAGAUCAAGCAUCCUUCUUCAACUUCCUGAGGAUGCUUCUGGAGAUGUUCGAUGAAUUGCUUGUCAGAAUUGGGCCGAGAAUCCAGAAGCAGGACACCCGAUACAGAGAAGCACUUGAACCAGAACUGAAACUGGCAGUCACCAUAAGGUAUCUAGCAUCGAGUGAUAAAUAUCCCUCACUUCAGUAUGACUUUAGAGUGGCCCGCAACACCAUAUCGCUGUUGGUUCCAGAGGUGUGCCAGGCUAUUGUAGAAGAACACAAAGAGGAGGUCAUUUUGUGUCCUACGAUGCCAGAAGAAUGGCAUGCCAUUGCCGAAGAUUUCCUGAGAAAAUGGAAUGUGCCCCAUGCCUUCGGUGCCAUCGACGGAAAGCAUGUGGCCAUCAGAUGCCCACCGAACUCUGGCUCAUUGCAUCAUACUUAUAAGGGCUUCUUUUCCGUGGUGCUCAUGGCUUUGGUGGAUGCCAUGUUGACGACGUGUCACUUUGAGAGGUAUGCAGGUCCUAGCUGCGUGUUGUCACUGUAG